AAACUGUACUGGGAUAUAUUUAAAAAAAAAAAAAAAAAUCUCUCAUUGCCUCUGCGCCCAUCGCUCACGUUCCUCAGUCUUAACUCAGACUCUCUCACUGCGACGGUUGUCAGUUGUAAAAUGUCGGAUCCAUAUGAGAAAGCGAAAGGGGGGAGAUUGACCUUCAAAGGGGGAAGUCUCGCCACUCGCAGCAAAUCCAUCGAUAAGAAGAAGCAAAAGAAAAAGAAGAACAAGGAUAAGAACCCCACGAAUGAUGAACCUAUUUUAGACGUGGAAGCGGGGAUUCAGGGCGAUGAUGCUACAGGUGGUGAUGAAUCUGGACAAACAGGAGGAGUAGAAUACACGAUCGAUGCAGCCAAGCGCAUGAAGUAUGAGCAGCUCUUCCCAGUUGAGGCCAAGAAGUUCAGUUAUGAUCCAAAGGCGAAAACCAAGUCUAUCGAAGAUGCUCUUGAUGACCGUGUCAAGAAGAAGGCUGAUCGUUACUGUAAAUAAAAUCAAUAAAUAUAAGAUGGAGUAACGAUUUCUUUCUUUGGGGAUGAGGCAUAAUGGGAUGGCUGGGCUUGUAGAGAAAUCUAGUUUGGAAAUUUUGGUUCCAGAAUUUGUUAGCAAUGUACUAUGCUCUGUAGUUGACUCAAAGAAAGAAGAAACCGACACUUUUCUAGUAAGCCCUUUUUAUUCUGUAAUCAUUGUAAACCCUUUUAAAGAGCUAUUGUUUGAGGCCAAAAGAAAAGGUCCAUCUCCUUCUCUAAUGAUUCCCACUUCAAUUACAUUACUCUCACUUUCCUCA